ACCAACGCCUCUCGCAGAGCUGGGCGGGGAGGCGGGGGGGUCCUCGGUGUUCCCGCCCCCCAGGGCCCCUGGCCUCUCAGCCGCCACAGUGCAAAGAAAUGGCGCCUCGGGGCAGGGCUGCUGGGCCUGUCUCGCCUGACCCAGGGCAUCACCCCCCCCCCAGGCAGGAUGAGGUGCCCGGAGUGCGGCGGGGGCUUAGAGCACAGGGCUCCGGAGGCGCUGGUGGGGGUAGCUGAGGUGGGAGCUCGGGCUGGUCUCCCGCAGCAGAACCAGCCGGUUCGCACAGGGGGGGCAGGAGACGGUCAGCGGCCCCGAGAAUGGCGGCACGAGCCAGCGGCAACCCCCGCGGGGGCUCUGCGCAGUGUUGUUAUUAAUGAGCACCCAAGAUGUUCUCAGCCCCGCGCAAGGUGCAGCUGCAGUCAGAGAGCCUCUGCCCCCCGAGUCCACCCCGCCACAGGCACGGAGCGGGACCAGGUCCUGCCGGGCUGCUAUGGGCUGUGAGAGACCAGGGCCAGGCUCCGGGGGUUGCUGUGACUUAGUGCGAGCCGCACAACAGCUGGAGUUUGUCUCCUGGACUCAGCUCAUUACCGCAGAAGCUCAGCUUUCAUUUAAAACAACAAAAAAACGAGAUUGCUUGAAAGACAAAAGAAGCAUCAUUGAACUUAGAGAGUGGUACUCGCCUGAAGGUCUUCCAGCCAGUACAGAUGCUCUGAACCCAGCGCAUGACAGCAUUUCCCCGCAAUAAAAAUCCACACUUGGGUCCUGUCCCUGAUGGACUGGAGCGACCCAGCCAGCCUGUCUUGCUGGCCUCCUGCGGAAUAUAAAUGAGUUAUCGGGCGACACCUAGUGGUUCAGAGCUACUCUUACAGCGGGAAGGUACAGAGAGGGAGUGCCGCGGAGAGACAGAGACCGGGGCAGCAGAGAGCUGGUUUCCUUCUGACACUGGACGCUCCUCAUCAGUUUUCACGCCACACAAGCUCUGUAUUGUGCUCGAGGAAAACACAGGGGAAAGGACGAUGGCACCACCAUUUCUGGGUGACACCUGCCUGGGAUUUUAACCUUCUCCCUCCUAGCACAUCAAAAACCAGCCUUUGCCAAGGUUCCCAGAAACGACUUCAUUGCUUCUUGCUAGCCGGACAGGUGCAGGCAAGUGCAGUUCAAUGCGGGCUUGGGGAUUUCUUCAGCACGAUCACAAAGUGUAUAUGCUCUAAAUGCCUACAGCACUGAGGACUCUUGCAACUUCUUAUGUGAUGCAUUUGCACAAAGGGAGAAUUCCUCAUUUAAGAUGGGUAAUAAGCAAACGAUAUUUACUGAUGAACAGCUAGAUGCCUAUCAGGAUUGUACCUUCUUCACUCGGAAAGAAAUCCUUCGGUUGCACGGCCGAUACCAUGAAAUGGCACCGAACAUGGUGCCCAUGGACUACACCAAGGAUCCAGAUGUUAAACUACCUAUACAGCUUAUAAUUAACAUGCCUGAACUAAAGGAGAACCCCUUCAAGGAGAGGAUUGUGGAGGCUUUCUCAGAGGAUGGAGACGGGAACCUCAGCUUCAAUGACUUCGUGGACAUGUUCUCUGUGCUCAGUGAAAUGGCUCCCAGAGAGCUCAAAGCAAUCUAUGCCUUUAAGAUCUAUGAUUUUAACACAGAUAACUUCAUUUGUAAAUCUGACCUUGAAAAAACCCUCAACAAGCUGACACGAGAAGAGCUAACAGCAGAAGAAAUCACUCUAGUUUGUGAGAAGGUGAUAGAAGAAGCUGAUAUGGAUGGUGAUGGGAAACUAGCAUUUGCAGACUUUGAAAAUAUGAUUUCCAAAGCACCAGACUUUCUCAGUACCUUCCACAUAAGAAUCUGAAGAUGCUGGUAUGAGCCACUGUUAUCAGAAAUGACUUGACAUCAGUCCUGCCUCUCUGAAUCUCAGGCACUUUGGGGGCUUUUGUCCUCUUAUUAUGGCUUCUUAGAACUCGGCAACAAGGACUGGAAUCAUUCUGGCCCAUGAGGGAAAGACUCAUCACUGAUCUACAAGACCUUUGGGAUGUCCACGUUUUUAUCUUCAAUGUUGUCCAACAAUGGCAUUCUGGAAAAGGAUGGUUGACUGGGUUUUUUUAAACAAGAGAAUACUAUUAAAUGUAUUUCCCUGUAGUUUUUAUAUUUAUGAAAAUUUAAUAUUGUUCUUCAAAGCAAAAAAAAAGAAAGACAGAUAUAAACUAUGGUGAUUUUCCCAGAGGUUAUUAAUUGAAAGAAAGCACUGGCCUUAAAAUAACGAGAUGCCUCCACCAUUCUGUUACACAGCUGGGGAUCAUGCAUGGAAAUAAUUUGAUUAAAAUUUGCAGUCAAGAUCAAGUUCACGGUGUUGAAGACAACCACAUACUGGGCUUGCCAUUUAAGUCUGAAAAAUGUCAGGUUGCUGGGUCUGGUGCUUAACCCUCAACCAAUAUUUUAUGGAUUAUCAGAUCCUUAUGAAACUUGAAGUAUUUUGUAUGACAUCUGCAUAAGUGAUUCACUUCUUCCCAAGACCAACUUUAAAAUGUGUCUUUGUUCUUCAAGGAGGUCUUGCCUUUUCUCAUGUCUUGGGCUGAUAAUGCUGGAUAGAAGAAUACUGUCAUCUGUAGCCCCAAGAAGCACAGCACCAGUACCAAGGACACAAAAAAGACAUUUUUAAAACCAGCUAUGCAAUUUUUCUCAUAAAAUGCAUGAAUGAAGCUCUGUAUUUCUCUCUCCUACCCCUCCUGAAAAUCAGCUUUGUCAUUCCUUUUUAAAAUUCCACCAUUGGUUAGGUACUGGAGCAUGACGACAAUCAUACUUGUAUAACUGUUCUAACAGUCAAUAGAAGGGCUCUGUCAUUUACAUGGCUUCUGUAUCAAAGUCAC